UCUUGUCGCCAUAGCAACCGCGUCUGCACUUUCCGAGUUAUGUCCGGUUCUGAAGUUUAUAAAAUAUCAUUUAUAUUUCCAAAUCAAGAUAAGUAUGAUGGUGACUGUACAAGAACACCUGAUGGAAUUCUUGAGAGAAAUGGAUAUGGAGUUCAUACAACUGCAGGUGGAAUUAUUUAUCGUGGAAUAUGGAAGAAUGAUAGGAUGAAUGGUUUAGGAAGGCUAGAACAUCCUUCAGGUGCCGUUUAUGAAGGCGAAUUCAAGAACAACAUGUUACAUGGAACAGGAACUUAUAUAUUUCCCAAUGGAUCCAAAUAUACUGGACAAUUCAAUGAAAAUAAGGUGGAAGGGAAAGGAGAAUUUACAGACACCCAAGGGCUGGAAUGGGAUGGCACCUUUCACUAUACAGCAGCACCAGGGCUGAAGCUAAAGUUAGAAAUGUAGACUGGUUUGGACUGAUAGAGUGAAAUCAAAUCUCUGUUACAGAGUUUUCAAGCAAAUAGUUUUAUAUAUAGUUUAAUAGAGACAAAUUACUAUUUUUAAAAAUAAAGUUUAAACAGGUAAAAUAAAGGUCUAUUUAUUUCUUUAGCUUUCAGAACAUC